UCCCUCCCUCGCACCAUGGCCCCCACCAUCAAUGACCUGCCGGAGCCCAUACUCUCCACCGUCAUCACCUUAGUUUCCGACACCCGGACCAGGAACUCGCUCUCCCUUGUGUGCAAAAAGUUCCUGAGCAUGGAGAGGGCCACGCGCACAUCCCUCACGCUCCGGGGCAACGCCCGUGACCUCCACAGGAUCCCGAUUUGCUUCACGGCAGUCGCCCAGCUCGACCUCUCACACUUAUCCCCAUGGGGCCACACUCUGCUCUCCCCCUCCGCCGCCAACACAAACCCUCUUCUCCUUGCCCAACGCCUCCGUGACGCCUUCCCAUCCGUCACCUCACUCACAGUCUACUCCCGAUCGCCCUGUAUCGUCCAGAUCGUCUCCCAUUUGUGGCCGGGGUUGCGCCGCGUCAAGCUCGUCCGCUGGCAUCAACGGCCCCAAUUACCCCUCGGCGCCGACUUCGAUCCUCUGUUCUUGGCCUGUCAGUCGCUCUCAGAGCUCGACUUGUCAGAGUUCUACUACUGGACGGAGGACCUCCCGCCGGUUCUGGAAUCCUAUCCCAAGGUGGCUCGAUCUCUCACCAAGCUCAAUCUCUUGACGACGUCGUUUACCGAGGGGUUCAAGGCCAACGAGAUCAAAUCCAUCACGGCGGCGUGUCCGAAACUGCAACAUCUCCUGGUGGCGUGUAUGUUCGAUCCGAGAUACGUAGGCUUCGUCGGCGAGGAGGCGCUCUUAUCGAUCUCCACGAACUGUCCGGAGCUCAGAGUCAUUCAUUUGAUCGAUACGACGUCGCUGGCCAACGCCCACGGCGAGCCAGAUGACGACGGUUUCACCGCCGAAGACGCACGGGUCGGGCGCGCGGCGCUAAUCGACUUCUUCUCGGGGCUUCCGCUGCUGGAAGAGUUGGUGCUGGAUGUUUGUAAGAACGUGAGAGACAGUGGGUUGGCGCUGGAGGUGCUCGGGUCCAAAUGCCCCAGGCUGAGGGCGCUCAAGCUGGGCCAGUUCCAUGGGAUUUGCUCGGCGAUUGGGUCCGAGCUCGACGGCAUUGCCUUAUGUGCCGGGCUGGAGUCGCUGUCGAUUAAGAACUGUGCCGAUUUGACGGACAUGGGGUUGAUUGAGAUUGCGAGAGGGUGUUGUAAAUUGGCCAAGUUUGAGGUCCAUGGAUGUAAGAGAAUAACGGUUAAAGGGUUGAGGACGAUGGCCUGUUUGUUGAGGAAGACUUUGGUUGAUGUCAGUAUCUCUUGUUGCAAGAAUUUGGAUGCCGCGGCCUCGUUGCGGGCUCUGGAGCCCAUUCGUGAUCGGAUUCAGCGCCUGCACAUUGAUUGCGUGUGGGAACCGGAGGAUGCUCAUGGCUUUGAUCUGGAUCAAGUAAAUGUCGAUGAUUAUGUUGGUGACGGCAUUGCGGUGAAUCGGAAUGGUGAUGAUGGUGGCGAUUACAUGGACUUGAAUUGGGCAGCCGAGUACGAAAACAGAAGUAGGAAAUGUAAGUUGGGGAUGGAUGGGGAGUGUUCCUAUAUGCCACCAAGCAAUGGCAAUGGCAAUGGAAACGGAAAUGGGUUUUGGUACGGUGAGAGCUGGGAGAGGCUGCAUUAUCUUUCGCUUUGGGUUGGGGUCGGUGAGCUGCUGACUCCGUUGCCGUCGGUGGGUCUCGAUGAUUGCCCCAAUCUUGAGGAGAUUCAGAUUCGGGUUGAAGGGGAUUGCUGGGGAAGGCACAGACCCACGCAGCAAGAUUUCGGGUUGAGCUGCCUCGCAGGCUAUCCUUGCCUGUCCAAGAUGAAGUUGGAUUGUGGUGACACGGUGGGUUAUGCACUGACAGCCCCGCCAGGACAGAUGGACCUUAGCCUCUGGGAGAGGUUCUUCCUGACUGGGAUUGAAAGCUUGUGCCUAACGGAACUCGAUUACUGGCCUCCGCAAGACCGGGACGUAAACCAAAGGAGUCUCUGGCUUCCGGCUGCGGGGCUGCUGUCGGAAUGCGUGACAUUGCGGAAGCUUUUCAUCCACGGCACAGCUCAUGAGCAUUUCAUGAUGUUCCUCGUGAGAAACCCGAGCCUGAGGGAUGUGCAGCUGAGGGAGGACUACUAUCCGGCACCCGAAAAUGAAAUGAGUACGGAGAUGAGAGUGGAUUCGUGUUGUCGAUUCGAAGAUGCACUCAACCUGCGCCCAAUCCCUGAUUGAACAAAUCAAACUAAUGAUAUGUAGUUUAUGAAAUCGGAGAGGAGCAAUGUACGAGUUCCCAACAUCUUGUUCAUGCCUCCCUUUUAACGUUUUUAAUUUUCCAUCAAUUAAUAUCUUGUCAUCGUUCUGCCAAGGCCAAACUCUUUACUAACAUAAAUAACACUUGUCAUUCUCUAA